GAUAUCGAAGUUGAUAUAUUGACAGCAGUUUCAACGGCCAAAAAGCGCGGACAUAUAUUCUAUAAUUUCUCUAUUCUAUUCUCAUUGCUCAUCCAGAUUCGGAUACUCUCCCAUGGCGGCUUCUCUCUUCUAGUCUUAUCAAUCUCACUGCACCCUCACACCAGUUUCUUGCAUUUCUGUGUUUUUUGAUGCGAUAGGUUUCAGAAAGGCAUAGAAGCUUUUCCUUGUAAAACAAAAUGAGAAACAGUUUGCCUCAAUUGCCUUCCUAUGAAUCUACUAUGGAAGCACUUUCCUCCUUGAUAACACAGAAAAGGCGUGGAGAAAUGGUUUCUGCAAUCCGUAAUGAGGAGAAAUCGAUGAGGAUGAGAAAGUACGUAGAGAUUCUAGGCAUAGAAGAAUGUGUAAAGAAACUCAAAAUUAUUCACGUGGCAGGAACUAAGGGGAAGGGUUCCACUUGCACCUUUUGUGAAGCAAUUUUACGAGAAUGUGGUCUUCGAACUGGACUCUUCACUUCCCCUCAUCUCAUUGAUGUGCGAGAAAGAUUUCGAAUAAAUGGAUUGGAUAUAUCAGAGGAUAAAUUUCUGCAGUAUUUCUGGGCCUGCUGGACGCAAUUGAAGGAAAAUGUUACAGAGCACCUGCCAAUGCCUGCACUAUUUCAGUUUCUAACACUGUUGGCUUUUAAAAUAUUCAUAGACGAAGAGGUUGAUGUUGCAAUUAUUGAAGUUGGUCUUGGGGGAACGUAUGAUUCAACAAAUGUGAUUGAAGAACCUAUAGUAUGUGGCAUCACUUCGCUUGGGAUGGACCACAUGGAGAUAUUAGGAGACUCGCUUGGGAUGAUUGCUUCACACAAGGCUGGAAUUCUCAAGCCUCAAGUUCCUGCAUUCACAGUACCACAGCUUCCGGAAGCAAUGGAUGUUAUCCAGAAGAAGGCACGUGAGCUUAUGGUCCCGUUAGAGGUAGCUGAACCACUUAACGAUAAAAAGCUGGAUGGAUUGAAGCUUGGCAUGUCUGGUGAUCACCAGUUCGUUAAUUCUGGUCUUGCUGUCUCCCUUUGUAAAUGUUGGCUUCAGAGGACUGGAAACUGGGAAAGGAUGCUCCUAAAUGGUUGCAAAGGGGCCAAAAUACCAGCUGCAUUUCUUAGAGGUCUUUCAACUGCCAAUCUUUCAGGGAGAGCUCAGACAGUUUAUGAUUAUUAUACAUCGUCAUUUAAUUCAACAACGCAGUCUGACAACUCAAAUGGAGAUUUAGUAUUCUAUUUGGAUGGUGCUCAUAGUCCAGAAAGCAUGGAGGCUUGUGCUAGCUGGUUCUCUAGUGUUGUGAAGGGCAAUCAUAAGUCGUUAAAUAGUUUUAGGGCUAAAAAUGUGGACAGAGAUUCAGGAAAUGAUGACCCUGUAAAAGUUCUGCAGGAAGCCGAGUCCACAAAGUUAUCAAAGCAGGUUCUCCUAUUCAAUUGCAUGGAAGUGAGAGACCCACAUAUAUUACUUCCACGACUAGUGAAUACAUGUGCUUCCUCAGGUGUUCAUUUUUCGAAAGCCCUUUUUGUCCCUACCAUGUCAACGUAUAGCAAAGUCUCUUCUGGUAAUUCAGUGACUUCAUCAGAUAAUAUAAGCAAGGAUUUGUCAUGGCAACUCAACCUACAGAGACUUUGGGAGAAGAUUAUGCAUGGAAAGGAUGCUAUAUUAGAAAAGGAUCUUAAGCUAGACAGUGAGCGGGGUUUGCCUGCUCUGUAUGAAGAUUCACUCUCAAGUCUUUCGGAGAACAACUUGAGUAGCAGUGCAGUGAUGCCUUCGUUGCCAUUGGCGAUAAAAUGGUUGAGAGAUUGCGUUCGAGAAUCCCCAUCCAUUAGACUACAGGUUCUUGUCACUGGAUCACUUCAUCUAGUAGGAGACGUGUUAAAACUAUUAAAAAGGUGAUGUUAGAUGAACAUGAACUCAUCCGGUCUCCCCCAUCGUUAAGGAUGUGGUAUUCCAAACUUCCAAGGAUCUGCCUGUCGGUUGGGUUUCUUCCCAAUUUUCUUUUGUUCAUUCAAUUCAUGUCUCAAUAAAUUAAUUUUGAAGUUAUUUGGUAUUCAUUUUCUGGUGGUAGAUAUUUCAUGGAAAAAUAAAACUUUAUUCUUUUUCAAGGUGCAAAUCAUUGAGAUUUUGGUAAUAUACUAUUUAUUUGUUCAAUAACUUCUGGUGUUUGUGAUAGUAUCUCUUCUUGAAUCUUUCUAACGUUCAA